UGUAGAUAUACUUUGGAUAAUAAUGUGUUAAGCCUGGAACAGAGAAAAUUUUAUGAAGAAAAUGGAUUUCUUGUUAUUAAAAAUCUAGUAUCUGACGCUGAUAUUCAACGCUUUAGGGUUGAAUUUGAAAAGAUCUGCAGAGGAGAGUCAAAACCAGAAGGACUAAUGGUAAUGAGAGAUGUGACCAUUGCAAAAUCAGAAUACAUUCCAAGUGAGAAAACAAUCUCAAAGGUGCAAGAUUUCCAGGAAGACGAGGAGCUCUUUAGAUUCUGCACUCUGCCCGAGGUUAGAGACCGCUCUUUGUUUUCUUCUUCACAGCCAGCCUGCAGGUCUGCCCAAGACCUGAUGCUCAAGCAGGCUAACUCCUCAGGUAAUUGCAAGAAGACUUCCCGGCACCCCCUGCACCAGGAUCUGCACUAUUUCCCCUUCAGGCCCAGCAAUCUCAUUGUUUGUGCUUGGACCGCCAUGGAACACAUUGACCGGAACAACGGCUGUCUGGUUGUGCUCCCAGGCACCCACAGAGGUCCCCUGAAGCCACAUGACUACCCCCAGUGGGAGGGUGGAGUUAACGCUUUCUACCAUGGGAUCCAGGACUGUGACCAAGACCAUGCCCGAGAGCACCUUGUGAUGGAGAAGGGAGACACUGUUUUCUUUCACCCUUUGCUCAUCCAUGGAUCUGGUCGGAACCACACUCAAGGAUUCCGGAAGGCAAUUUCCUGCCAUUUCGCCACUGCCGAUUGCCACUACAUUGACGUGAAUGGCAACAGUCAAGAAAACAUUGAGAAAGAAGUUGUAGAAAGCAGGGACUGAAAGUAGCAUAGACUUGAAG